AUGACCCUGGGGCGCCAAGCCCGGCCCUACCCGCUGAACCCGGGCAAUGCCCACCCGGCGGACCAACCUUACUAUGCCCAGCGAAGCUCCUUCCAGUCUGAGUGCGGGCCCUACCCUGACCCGGCUAGCAGCACCUUCCCCCGAAGACACUACAGCUCCCACCACGAACUGAAGGAUGAGUGUGCUGUGGUGCCUUACACCGGAGGCCAGGGGGGAAGCGUUAAGGGGGGCGGUGGUGGUGGUGGCAGCUGCAACAACAACCGCAUCCCCCCCAACCUUCUGGAGCAGUUUGAACGGCAGGCACCAGUGCGCCACGACGGCUACCACACACUGCAGUACAAGUGCACAGCAGUGGAGCACCAACGAAGCGACAGUCCUGGGAGGAUCAGGCAUCUUGUCCACUCGGUCCAGAAGCUCUUCACCAAGUCCCACUCCCUGGAAGGCCCGUCCGGGGAUAGGAUGAACGGGGGCAAGGCCAGCCCUGACGACCCGCCCUCCCACUCGGGCACCCUGAAGCACAGCAGCAAGCGCAGCAAGAGCAAAGACCGCAGCAGGUCGGAGCCCAAGAUGCGCUCUGCCAUCUCGGGCUACUGGAGUUCGGACGACACCCUGGACCGCGAGGUGUGCCUGUACCACCAUCACAGCCCCAUCCCUGGAGGCAUGCCCUCGGGGGUGAUGACCAUGGGCCGCCACCCAGGCAAGUCCCAGUCGCAGUACUUCAUGGAGCAGUACAACACCAUCAGCGCCCACUCGCUGAAGACGUCACGAAGCAACAACGACGUCAAGUGUUCCACGUGCGCUGGGUUGCCAGGCCUGGGCAUGGGGAUGGACGGGACUGGCCAGCUGAUGAAGAAGAGCUUGUGGUCGUCAACGCUGACGGUCAGUAGGGCCAGGGAGGUCUACCAGAAGGCAUCGGUCAACCUGGACAAAGCCCUGGUCAAGGCUGAGACCUGCAAGCAGGGAGGGCGCCAGACCUGUCAGUUCCUCCAGGUAUGACAACAACCCUUCUUCACCUCCAAACCUCCAUCUUCACACCUCCAUCUCCAUUCAUCCAUCCAUUCAUCCAUAUCCUCCCAGAGAUUCAUAUGCGUCGUGUGUGGAGACACCUGGCCGACUGCAUGUCCACUUGUCCCUUGAGGCAGAGAGAAAGCGGUAGAGGAGGGGCAGACUUACUCUCUCUCUAUCGCUAUCCAUGUCCUCGCAGACUGAUAUGUGAAGUGGAGGCCCCUGCAUGUCCACUGUCCCUUAAGGCAGAGAGAGAGGAGAGGAGGAGCAGACUUACUUUCUCUCUCUAUCAGACACGCUUAGGGGACAUAAGUGUUGCAUGUGAGAUGUCCUCAUAAGUGUUGAAUGUGAGAUAAAUCAAAUCAACAUUUAUUUGUUGCAUACACUGAUUUAGCAGAUCUUAAUAAAGCAGGUGCAGCUAAAUGCUUUUGUUCCUAACUCCAGCAGUGCAGUAAAUGUCUAACAGUACAAUACUAAUACACAAAUAAUCCCAAGAAAAAGAAAAGAAAAAAAGAGAUUAAGAAAUAUCAGAACAAGCAAUAUCAGAAUGAGCAAUGUCAGAGUCCAGGAUAUAGAAAUGUAGUGUGUAUGGACAAUAUAUAAGUAGGAAUAAGGUUGUACAGCAGUAGUUAUAUAGGAUGAGCUGUGACGAGAAUACAGUGUGUACAUACAGUAUAAAGUGAGUAAAUCAAUUAGAUACAUUUUUCAGAGAUCAAAUUUCCACAGAAUAAUGUUGCAUGAAUGUUAGUUUCUGUAGGAACAGAUAAGAUUAUUUCAGAACAAUAAGCAUUAUGUUAACAUUAUUAAACAUUAUCUUCAUUUGUGUUGAAUGUGAGACGUCCUCAUUUGUGUCAAAUGUGAGACGUCCUCAUUUGUGUCAAAUGUGAGACGUCCUCAUUUGUGUCAAAUGUGAGACGUCCUCAUUUGUGUCAAAUGUGAGACUUCAUCUUCCUCACCUGUUAAACAUCAUGCAUCCUAUUCCAUAUCAUCCCUGGUUGUGGACCCCAUUCCAUUUAUCUCAUGUCCUUUACAUUGUUACAUGUCUGUUUAUUUGUAAUGUCUUGUGAUAGCUGAUUUGGUUCUGGGUGCUGAGAUACAGUGCCUUCUGAAAGUAUUCAGACCCCUUGACGUUUUCCACAUUUUGUUAGGUUACAGCCUUAUUCUACAAAUGUUUUGUUUUUUUAUCCUCAUCAAUCUACACACAAUAUCCCAUAAUAACAAAGCAAAAACCGUUUUUUUUUUUACAUAUUUGCUAAUCUAUUAAAAAUAAAAAACUGAAAUAUAUCAUUUACAUAAGUAUUCAGACCGUUUACUCAGCAAUUUGUUGAAGCACCUUUGGCAGUGAUUACAGCCUUGAUUCUUAUUGGCUCUGACGCUAUAAGCUUGGCACACCUGUAUUUGGGGAGUUUCUCUCAUUCUUCUCUGCAGUUCGUCUCAAGAUCUGUCAGGUUGGAUGGGGAGUGUUGCUGCACAGCUAUUUUCAGGUCUCUCCAGAGAUGUUUGAUCGGGUUCAAGUCCGGGCUCUGGCUGGGCCACUCAAGGACAUUCAGAGACUUGUCCCGAAGCCACUCCUGCGUUGUCUUGGCUGUGUGCUUAUGGUUGUUGUCCUGUUGGAAGGUGAACCUUCGCCCCAGUCUGAGGUCCUGAGCGCUCUGGAGCAGGUUUUCAUCAAGGACCUCUCUGUACUUUGCUCUGUUAAUCUUUGCCUCGAUCCUGACUGGUCUCCCAGUCCCUGCUGCUGAAAAACAUCCCCACAGCAUGAUUCUGCCACCACCAUGCUUCACCGUAGGGAUGGUGCCAGGUUUCCUCCAGACGUGAUGCUUGGCUUUCAGGCCAAAGAGUUCAAUCGUGGUUUCAUCAGACCAGAGAAUCGUGUUUCUCAUGGUCUGAGAGUCUUUAGGUGCCUUUUGGCAAACUCCAAGCGGGCUGUCAUGUGCCUUCUACUGAAGAGUGGCUUCCUUCUGGCCACUCUACCAUAAAAGCCUGAUUGGUGGAGGACUGCAGAGAUGGUUGUCCUUCUGGAAGGUUCUCCCAUCUCCACAGAGGAACUCUAGAGCUCUGUCAGAGUAACCAUUGGGUUCUUGGUCACCUCCCUGACCAAGGCCCUUCUCCCCCGAUUACUCAGUUUGGCCGGGCGGCCAGCUCUAGGAAGAGUGUUGGUGGUUCCAAACUUCUUCCAUUUAAGAAUGAUGGAGGCCACUGUGUUCUUGCGGACCUUCAAUGCUGCAAACAUUUUUUGGUACCCUUCCCCAGAUCUGUGCCUCGACACAAUCCUGUCUCGGUGCUCUACGGACAAUUCCUUCAACCUCAUGGCUUGGUGUUUGCUCUGACAUGCACUGUCAACUGUGGGACCUUAUAUAGACAGGUGUGUGCCUUUCCAAAUCAUGUCCAAUCAAUUGAAUUUACCACAGGUGGACUCCAAUCAAGUUGUACAAACAUAUCAAGGAUGAUCAAUGGAAACAGGAUGCGCCUGAGCUCAAUUUCGAGUCUCAUAGCAAAGGGUCUGAAUACUUAUGUAAAUAAGCUAUUUUUAUUUUUUAUAAAUUUGUAAAAAUGUCUAAACCUGUUUUCGCUUUGUCAUUAUGAGGUAUGGUGUGUGGAUUACAGAGGAUUUGUAUUUAUUUUAUCAAUUUUAAAAUAAGGCUGUAACGUAACAAAAUGUGGAAAAAGUCAAGGGGUCUGAAUACUUUCCAAAGGCACUGUAAGUGUGUUUGUUCUUGUAGAUGUCCAUGUAGAAUGAUUACUUGUGGAGUCAUUACUUAUGUAUACCUACUGGAUUAGCCUUUAAGCUGAUAUUUUACAAUCACUGCAUGCAGUAUAUUUACUUGGAAAUCAGCAUUAUCCCAUACACAGUACCUGUAGCCUCUCUUACACAGUAGCUUCCAUAUUCACAUUGUGGUGUGUCUUAAAUUACACCUUAUUCUCUAUAUACAGUGGGAAGAACAAGUAUUUGAUACACUGCCGAUUUUGCAGGUUUUCCUACUUACAAAGCAUGUAGAGGUCUGUAAUUGUUAUCAUAGGUACACAUCAACUGUGAGAGACGGAAUCUAAAACAAAAAUCCAGAAAAUCACAUUGUAUCAUUUUUAAUUAAUUAUUUUGCAUUUUAUUGCAUGACAUAAGUAUUUGAUCACCUACCAACCAGUAAGAAUUCCGGCUCUCACAGACCUGUUAGUUUUUCUUUAAGAAGCCCUCCUGUUCUCCACUCAUUACCUGUAUUAACUGCACCUGUUUGAACUCGUUACUUGUAUAAAAUACACCUGUCCACACACUCAAUCAAACAGACUCCAACCUCUCCACAAUAGCCAAGACCAGAGAGCUGUGUAAGGACAUCAGGGAUAAAAUUGUAGACCUGCACAAGGCUGGGAUGGUCUACAGGACAAUAGGCAAGCAGCUUGGUGAGAAGGCAACAACUGUUGGCGCAAUUAUUAGAAAAUGGAAGAAGUUCAAGAUAACGGUCAAUCACCCUCGGUCUGGGGCUCCAUGCAAGAUCUCACCUCGUGGGGCAUCAAUGAUCACGAGGAAGGUGAGGGAUCAGCCCAGAACUACACGGCAGGACCUGGUCAAUGACCUGAAGAGAGCUGGGACCACAGUCUCAAAGAAAACCAUUAGUAACACACUACGCCGUCAUGGAUUAAAAUCCUGCAGUGCAUGCAAGGUCCCCCUGCUCAAGCCAGCGCAUGUCCAGGCCCAUCUGAAGUUUGCCAAUGACCAUCUGGAUGAUCCAGAGGAGGAAUGGGAGAAGGUCAUGUGGUCUGAUGAGACCAAAAUAGAGCUUUUUGGUCUAAACUCCACUCGCCGUGUUUGGAGGAAGAAGAAGGAUGAGUACAACCCCAAGAACACCAUCCCAACCAUGAAGCAUGGAGGUGGAAACAUCAUUCUUUGGGGAUGCUUUUCUGCAAAGGGGACAGGACGACUGCACCUUAUUGAGGGGAGGAUGGAUGGGGCCAUGUAUCGCGAGAUCUUGGCCAACAACCUCCUUCCCUCAGUAAGAGCAUUGAAGAUGGGUCGUGGCUGGGUCUUCCAGCAUGACAACGACCCGAAACACACAGCCAGGGUAACUAAGGAGUGGCUCCGUAAGAAGCAUCUCAAGGUCCUGGAGUGGCCUAGCCAGUCUCCAGACCUGAACACCAUAGAACAUCUUUGGAGGGAUCUGAAAGUCUGUAUUGCCCAGCGACAGCCACGAAACCUGAAGGAUCUGGAGAAGGUCUGUAUGGAGGAGUGGGCCAAAAUCCCUACUGCAGUGUGUGCAAACCUGGUCAAGACCUACAGGAAACAUAUGAUCUCUGUAAUUGCAAACAAAGGUUUCUGUACCAAAUAUUAAGUUCUGCUUUUCUGAUGUAUCAAAUACUUAUGUCAUGCAAUGAAAUGCAAAUUAAUUACUUAAAAAUCAUACAAUGUGAUUUUCUGGAUUUUUGUUUUAGAUUCCGUCUCUCACAGUUGAAGUGUACCUAUGAUAAAAAUUACAGACCUCUACAUUCUUUGUAAGUAGGAAAACCUGCAAAAUCGGCAGUGUAUCAAAUACUUGUUCUCCCCACUGUAGUGCACUAUUCUUGACCAGGGCCCUAUGGGAAUCAUGUGCCAUUUGGCACACGGAUAUAGUGUGAAAGAGCUGGAGUGGUAGAAGGGCUGCUGACGUGAGAUGAGAGAGGGAAAAACAGAACUACUGAAAAGAGGAGAAAAGCACAUAUCCCCUAGCCUGGUGGCACCACUAUGCUCUCUCUGUUUGUUUGGGAGAAGAUGAAAGAGGAAGGGAUUCAACUCAGAUACAUCCCCUCAUCUGACUUGGUGAGCUGCAAACAGAAGGGGGCAGGAGAGAAAGAGAGGGACUGAGAGAGAGAGCGAGAAUGAGAGACAGAGGGAGAAUGGGGACUGAGAGAGAGAGAGGGAGAAUGGGGACUGAGAGAGAGAGAGGGAGAAUGGGGACUGAGAGGGAGAAUGGUGACUGAGAGAGAGGGAGAAUGGGGACUGAGAGAUAGAGGGAGUUAGAAAGAAUGUAAAUGUAAACAUAUGUUUCAUAUGAUGACAUUUGAACACGCAACCUUUGGGUUGCUAGACGUUUGCAUUAUACGGUGACCCAUCCACCCCUACCAACCCCCCUACUUUCAUUUUUGCCUUAAAUAACCUUCUGUCUUAUGUAACCAUACCAAACAUAACAUAUCAUACCAUUUUGAGUGUCCCGGAUUUACAUUUACUAUGUAACAUCUAGUCUAUGAGACCAGGAUGCACGCACGCACACACACACAUACACACACACACACAAACACACUGAUGCUCAGCCAGCCAAACACCUCCCAAUGUAUCUCGGCCAGGGUCAAAGUUCAUCGGCAGUGUAUUGAACCUCUUUAAAAUGGCCGUACAGUGCUUCUGUACCUUAGUUUGCAUACAGAUUUUUCUCGGCCAUUCCAGCUCAGCUUUAUUUGGCAGGGUGUUCUUUUAGUUUCUGUUAUAGAUGAUGAGAGACAUUGGUGUAACAUUGGUCUCAUUCGAGUCCUCAUCAGACCCUAGAUGUCGUCGUUUUUGCUUGUUCGCCCCUGACGUCAAGGACAAGUGGUCUCCCUAGCUACCGGCCUGUUGAAUGAUUCUCCUGCCGUUGAUUAUUCAGACUCUUCGUCUCCAUCCCAAAUGGCACCCUAUUCCAUAGUGCACUACUUUUGACCAGAGCAUUAUGGGCCUUGGUCAAAAGUAGUGCACUAUAGAGGGAAUAUGGUACAAUUUGGGAUGCAUAUUUCUCUCUGAAACUCUCCUCUCUCCCUUUCACCUCCACGUUAGCUCCCCUAAAAGCCACUCACAUUGGAGACCAGCGCAGUGCUUGGCGGAACAAAACCUCCUUUGUUUUUCUCUCUCUCUUUCUUGCGGCGGCAGAGAGAGGGAGAGGGAGAGGGCUUCUUUGCUUGCCUCUUUUUUACACAUUCAUUAGAGUGUGUGAAAAGCACAGCACAGCCACUGCACAGACAGACAGGGUUUUUAGUCCAAACAAUUCACUCCUCAGUUUGAUAUGCGUCACUGGGAGGGAGCAGCACAACGGAGGGCCUCUAGUCUCUACACCCUGAUGGUAUGGUUUUAAUACACCCUAAUCAGGUGAACAUUAGCGCUUAGUGGUGUGACUUUAGCGGCUUGCUGUAUAUAGAGCCUUGUUUGGAUGGUGACCUGAGGCUGGGAAAGGGUCCGGGAGCGGUCAUAGUGUUUUGUCUGGUGGGUCAUCACUGUGAUAUAAGUCACCGCCCUGUUCUCACGGUCUCCGCCCCACAGGUACCCCAGGACGAGUGGAGUGGGGGGUUCUCUCCCCUGGGGAAGGACGAGGAGAUCCCAUGCCGGCGUAUGCGCAGCGGCAGCUACAUCAAGGCCAUGGCAGAGGAAGACAGCGGCGACUCAGACUGCAGCCCCAAGCCCUCGCCCAAGGUGCAGGCGCGCCGGGCCAGCUACCUGAAGGCCACACAGCCAUCACUCACCGAGAUGACCACCCUCAAGUGAGUAGAUACGUACACUGUAAGACGUUUCUGUAAUUUCAACAGUAAAACACUGUAGAAUGCACAGUAAAAUACCUUAAAUGUGUUUUACAGAAUUAAUUAUGGUGCAUUGUGGGGAAAUGUUGUGGAUGGGGAAAGAGCCUCUGACUCAUUAACCUCUUAAGGAUCGGACCCUUUUUUUCAAUUUUUGUCUAAAAUUACAUACCUAAAUCUAACUGCCUGUAGCUCAGGACCUGAAGCAAGGAUAUGCAUUUUCUUGAUGCCAUUUGAAAGGAAACACUGAAGUUUGUGGAAAUGUGAAAUUAAAGUAGGAGAAUAUAAUACAUUAGAUCUGGCAAAAGAUAAUACAAACAACAAAAAAACAUGUGUUUUCUAUUUAUUUAUUUAUUUUUUAUCAUCUUUGAAAUGCAAGAGAAAGGCCAUAAUAUCAUAUAGGAGUUUAGGCGCAAUUUCGAUAUUGGCCACUAGAUGGUAGCAGUGUGUGAAAGGUUUCAGAUUGUGUUUUAUUUAUUUAUUUAACUAGGCAAGUCAGUUAAGAACAAAUUCUUAUUUACAAUGACGACCUACACCGGCCAAACCCGGACGACGCUGGGCCAAUUGUGCGCCGCCCUAUGGGACUCCCAGUCACGGCCGGUUGUGAUACAGCCUGGAAUCGAACCAGGGGGUCUGUAGUGACGCCUCAAGCACUGAGAUACUGAGAUGCAGUGCCUUAGACCACUGCGCCACUCGGGAGAUUGAUCCAGUGAAGCAUUGCAAUACUGGACAAUUUUGUAUAAAGUCUGCCCAAAUGUGCCGAAUUGGUCAAUUGAUACAUUUUCAAGUACAUAACUAUAGAGAACAUACAGAAAUUAUAUGGUAAUACAAAAUGUAAGUUUACACACCCCCAGGAAUGUCAUACAAUAUGGAUCAUUAGCUUAUAUACUAACUUUCACAUAUCUAGAUGGCCAGGUGGGGUGAGUGUGGAGCCAGAGACAGCAAGGGUUCAAACUGUAGAACCCAGUUCCUACAUUUGAAUACAAAAAUUGAUUUUUAGAAAACAAAACUAUGCUACAUUUUAUCUCUGGGACCCUUAGGAUGCCAAAUCAGAGCAAGAUUACUGAAUGUAAGUACAUUAUUUACCUUCAGAGGUGAAUGUAUCAAACCAGUUGCUGUGAUACGUUUUCUUAUUGUUGUGCACUCUCCUAAAACAAUAGCAUGGUAUUUUUUCACUGUAAUAGCUACUGUAAAUUGGACAGUGCAGUUAGAUUGGAAAGUUUGCUAUUACUUAUAACAGUCAUGCUAAUCACAUUAGCGCACGUUAGCUCAACCAUCCCGUAUACGGGACACAAAUCCCAUAGAGGUUAACACAUUUUGUGCCUUGUAAAAGGCUCCAUUUGUUGCACCUGUGAGUGAGAAUGCUGCACCUCCACAUAAUACAGUAAUAUGCUGCAUUUUGGGAAUUCUACAAACCUUGUCCUGAAAAUCUACAGUAACUCACCGGCCAAUUACUUUCAGUAAUUUACUGUAAUUCAGAAUACAGUGUCAUAACGCAUUCGAGUCAAAAGUUUGGACACCCCUACUCAUUCAAGGGGUUUCUAUAAUUUUACUAUUUUCUACAUUGUAGAUAAUAGUGAAGACAUUAAAACUAUGAAAUAACAUUUUUGGGAUCAUGUAGUAACCAAAAAAGUGUUAACAAGAUUUUAUAUUUGAGAUUCUUCAAAUAGCCACCCUUUUCCUUUAUGACAGCUUUGCACACUCUUGACAUUCUCUCACCCAGCUUCACCUGGAAUGCUUUUCCAACAGUCUUGAAGGAGUUCCCACAUAUGCUGAGCACUUGUUGGCAGUUUUCCUUCACUCUGCCGUCCGACUCCCAAACCAUCUCAAUUGGGUUGAGGUCGGGGGAUUGUGGAGGCCAGGUCAUCUGAUGCAGCACUCCAUCACUCUACUUCUUGGUAAAAUAGCCCUUACACAGCCUGGAGGUGUGUUGGGUCAUUGUCCUAUUGAAAAAAAAUAUAUAGUCCCACUAAGCCCAAACCAGAUGGGAUGGCAUAUCACUGCAGAAUGCUGUGGUAGCCAUGCUGGUUAAGUGUGCCUUGAAUUCUAAAUAAAUCACAGACAGUGUCACCAGCAAAGCACCCCCACACCAUAACACCUCCUCCUCCAUGCUUUAUGGUGGGAACUACACAUGCGGAGUUCAUUCGUUCACCCACACCGCGUCUCACAAAGCCACGGCGGUUGGAAACAAAAAUCUCAAAUUUGGACCCCAGACUAAAGGACACAUUUCCACCAGUCUAAUGUCCAUUGCUCGUGUUUCUUGGCCCAAGCAGGUCUCUUCUUAUUAUUGGUGUCCUUUAGUAGUGGUUUCUUUGCAGCAAUUCGACCAUGAAGGCCUGAUUCACAAAGUCCCCUCUGAACAGUUGAUGUUGAGAUGUGUCUGUUACUUGAACUCUGUGAAGCAUUUAUUUGGGCUGCAAUUUCUGAGGCUGGUAACUCUAAUGAACUUAUCCUCUGCAGCAGAGGUAACUCUGGGUCUUCCAUUCCUGUGGCGGUCCUCAUGAGAGCCAGUUUCAUCAUAGCGCUUGAUGGUUUUUGCGACUGCACUUGAAGAAACUCAAAGUUCUUGACAUUUUGUCAUUUCUCUUUGCUUAUAUGAGCUUUUGCCAUAAUAUGGACUUGGUCUUUUACCAAAUAGGGCUAUCUUCUGUAUACCCCCCUACCUUGUCACAACACAACUGAUUGGCUCAAAUGCAUUAAGAAGGAAAUAAAUUCCACAAAUUAACUUUUUAAGAAGGCACACCUGUUAAUUUAAAUGCAUUCCAGGUGACUACCUCAUGAAGCUGGUUGAGAGAAUGCCAAGAGUGUGCAAAGCUGUCAUCAAGGCAAAGGGUGGCUACUUUGAAUAAUUGCAAAUAUAAAAUAUAUUUUGAUUUGUUUAACACUGUUUUGGUUACUACAUGAUUCCAAAUGUGUUAUUUCAUAGUUUCGAUGUCUUCACUAUUAUUCUAAAAUAGUAAAAAUAAAGAAAAACCCUUAAAUUAGUAGGUGUGUCCAAGCCUUUAACUGGUACUGUAUAUAUACUGUAUAUGUUUUUGUGUGUGUGUGUAUACAUGUCUGUCUGUCUGUCUGUCUCUGUCUGUCUGUCUGUCUGUCUGUCUGUCUGUCUAUCUAUGUCCUUAAUCAGUAUAAAGGAGGAAAUGUUGCUUACUUGUUUAGCAAAAUCAAAGCUGUAAUGCAUCCUGAUGUCUUUGCUUGCUGGUUCAGUAGGGCCCCCCAGAGACAACUGCAGUUCUUGACAGGUGAUUUUGCAGUCAGCAACCAUCUUCUGGUAGACAGACCGUUCACUCUGAACAAGCAGGAGAUGCUGCUCUUAAUUCUUCAGCUUGGCUGACUUAACAGCUUCUGGCAGAUUGGCAGAUCUGACGACCUUAUAGUUGUUCCUCUGGCACUGCCAGUACAGGUCUGUCCUGGGCUUAGUGCUUGAGAUGUGGGGCAGCAAUUUUCUCCACAAAUUCCUGAAGGAAGACAGCCCGACUACACAGAAGUUGAUAUGCCAUACAGAAGUAUUGUGAGAUCAAUAAAUGCAGUGCCAAUCAUGUUGGAGGUAAAUUAAAUAAUCAAAACGUGUUGUUCAUGCUUUACAUACCAUGUGUUGUCAUCGAUUCCUUGUAGAGACGCCACACUGCUGCUUUUGUCACAUGAGAUGGCAGCAGCUUUCCACCAAAGUGUUUGUGUCCUGGGUGGCAUCCUGUUAAUACUAUUGCAUUAUCCUCUGUGUAGUUGUUGAUGAAGUUCACAACUCGCUGCAAGUCCUCAUGCUUCAGGUGUAACCUGUGCUUGCUUGGGCCAGCUCUCUUUUUGAUGGGAGACAUUAGACCAUUCUCCUUGUAUGACUAGUGGAGGAGAGUCAGGAGUGUUCUACUGAUGCUGAAAGACACAUUUUAGAUACAAAUAUUUUAGAGUUUUAUACAAUAGAGAGCCGUAAUCACCGUCAGACACACCUGGCUAACUUGAUGGGUCAUGUAAUCAUCUGGUGAAGUGGAGUCAUUUGUUUAGACAUGUAGCUAGCUAGCUAAACAAUGAACUAUAAUCCCAAUAACUAGCAAUGGAAAUGGCUUACUGAGAUAAUAAGAAUACACAGAUCAUACGCAUAAUGUUAGCUAGUGAGCCAGCCAUCUAACAUCAGCUCGCUAGCUAACAAUACGCUUUAACUUGGGGUCUUUUGUUUAGACAUGUGCCUAGCUAGCUAGCUAAACAAUUAACCAUAAUCCCAAUCCAUAGAGUACUAGCAAUACAAACUAAUUGUCAUAGCUAGCUAAGGUUAACCAAAUAGGUUCAAUGUUAGCUAGUUAUUAUUUGAGAACAUUUUUAAAAACUGACCCCGCUGACGCUGUACAUUAAAGUGUGACAUGUCACGAUAUUCAGUCAUUCUGUGCCGGACAGCCUCUUUCCACCAGGUGUAGCGCUUCCCUUGCAGAUUUAAAAACAAGAAAUGAUCAAUGGUGAGUGUAAUGGUGAGUGUAAAGUUAAUUACUUGUGAGUUUGUCAAUAGUUAAUUAAAUCAAUUGUUAAUUUUUCGCAUAAUCAAUGCAAGCCUUCAUGACUCUCAAAAACCGUGACACCCACAGUUUAAUUGUGAAGAUAAAUUUAGCGCCUCCCUAAAAACCCUAUUUAAAUUCGACACAAACCUUAAAAUAGGUAUAUAAUGAGACAUUAUAUAAACUCUUUAUAGUGUUUUAUUUACAUUUUAGAGGUGAUAAGUUGGACAAAUCGAGUGAAAAAAGCCAGUUCCCCACACGACAUAUCUCCCCCUUUCACUAUGACGCAGUAGCUUUCGCUUCCCCACCCACCAUUUAAAAAAAGACCCGGCGGAGCUCCAUUGCUUUCUUCGAUCAUGCAGAGAAGGGCAGCGUGAAGGUCUCGUCAUUGACUUUGCUGGAAAGGGGAGAAAUUGUGCUUUACAAUGGUAUUCAUAUUACAGUUUUUGGGGUGCUAAAAUAAGGUUAAAUGUAUGGAACAGCGCGUUGUACAAAAGUGCGUUAGCUAACGUUAAUAUCUGAACCUGUAGCCAGACUCUUACCCGUAUACAUGGAUGAACGCUUCACGGCAGACUGCAACCCCUUUCAUUAAAUAAGACGUCCUGUGUCGUUUCUGUUUUUGUUUGUACAACUUGCUUGGCUCGUUGUGUCAAGUCACUCUGGUUCACACUGGCCGUGUGCAAUGCCAUAUGAAUCAUCAGAUCUUUCUCCCUCUCUGUCACGGAUGCCAUGGUUGCCCUUAGUUUGAAGAUGUAAUCCGGACACAGGUGUUUUAUACAACAGCCUUCUGUGUUCUCUUUUCGACUCCCUCUGCAUUUGCAAUCAAACGGCAGAAUUGUAUUAAUCUCCUUAGCAUACGUUGCUUCUACCAGACAUUCUACUGAUUUCAAAACUCCAUCAACUUCUUCUGCGACAACAACACUGUUGAUCGUCGUUACACGGCAGACCAAUCCGAAACUCAUCUCUCGGCAUGUCCAGCCCAUUCAUUAUCUCAGCCAAUCAUGGCUAGUGGGAAGGUUCCUGUCUUUUUCUGUUGCUAAAUCAACUAGGCUCGUAAUUUAACAACUGUAUUUGUAUUUACAGAUGGCAUAUACGUUUGUUAUUAAGGCACAUGACAGUUCAAAUGUUCGAGAAGGCAUUUCUGCCAAGAAAUGCAUUUUGAUAAAACAUUUAAAUAAACGUUGAAAUGCCUCUCCUGUGAAGCUUUUGUUUAGGCCUCUAGAAGUGCAAGUCAUAUAAAACACCUAGUAUUCAUUAAUAUGCUUUAAUUUACAAAUGCCUAGCAGCCAACCUGCUUGCUACAAUCCCUUGUAAUUACAGUAAAAUACUAUUAAAAUAACUUUCUUACAGUUUAUUAGUCACUUUUUACAGUAUUUUACUGUGUUUCGUUGCUUUGACAUCAUAUUCAUUUACAGGAAGCUUUCAUCAAUUUACCAUCUCAGUAAUGUAUUGGCACUAUCCAGAGAUAGUCAGAUAUAUCAUAAGAUAUCUUGUUGUAAUUACAAUUAUUCUUGAAGACCAGUUUAUCCUUAACUAUAACAACAUUUUCAGUAAUGGUUAGCGAAACCUUUUACUUGCUAUGACUGUGAUAUGUGUUAUUUAUUUUUUAUAAACCUUUGUUUAUAAACUGUAAGUUGCCAAGGACAAGAGCGCCCGCUAAAUGACCAAUAAAUGUAGUAAAAAUGAAAACUUGCAAAGAACACUGGGUAACAUGUUACUGGGUAAUUACAGUAAUAUGCUGUAAUUGGUACUGUAAAUUCGAUUACAGUAACAUGUUUGGAACUGUGAAAUAAAUUGCCAAUUGCUGCCAGUAAGAUACUGUAAGUUUGACAGGAAAUGUUUUACAGUGUACUAGGGGAAAUAACAGCGUGUGUGUGUACAUGCGUCUGCGUGUGUGCGUGUGUAUGCGUGCUUGCAUGUGUACAGUCCAUGCAAAUGCAUUCAUGGCUGUUACAUUAUUUCCAAUGACACAGCAUGUUUUUGUUUUGUGUAAGUGUGUGUGUUCUGUGUGUGUGGUGGCGGAGAUGAUGGGUGGAUACUUUGGGUUUGGAGCAGGUGAUUCAAAGCUGUUGCCUCAUACAGCAUACGUCCUAAGUGGCCCUAUGGGCACUAAAUAUGGAAUAGGGUGCCAUUUGGGACACACCCAGUAUAUGGAAUUUGUUUGUUAGUAUCCAUGACCCUCACUGACCUGAGCUCUGAUUCCAUGGUUCAUGUUUAUGCUCAGUAUGCACAUUAAUUUGUAUGGUUGGAUUCUCCUUCUACAUGGAACGCAACAUGAUUGAAAAUGACAGAUUUAUGGAUUCAGACCCUCCUGUGUCUGACAGUCUGUCAGGCAGGGACAGACUGGGACCCGACUGGGACCCACACUGGACCAUUUUCUUCCUCGAAGCCCCCAUUAAUUAGCCAAAUAAUGAUCAUUAUGUGCAAACCCCCCCAAUUUAGACAGGCCCACUGGGCCAAAGUUGGACCAACCCAUGGCCAGUUCGUUUAUGCUGUCAGGUGACCUGUAUUACAAGUAAAUUAAUUUAUCUUCCCUUCAAGAUAUGUUUCUCUCUCUGUUAACUUCCAAGGUUUAA